AAGAGUAAAGUUUGCUAAACCGCAACACCACAAAAUGUUCAAGAGCGAUUUGGGUAUUACGGGUUAUUUUCACCUACAAAAAUUCACCUUCCAUCGUCUCGGCAUAGAUAUGACGACGAGAAAUGCUCGCGUGACCAAAACAUAUUUUUUAACUCUACAAAUCAUAGCUUUGGCCACGAUUCUAAUACCAAUCGCAGUUUACAGUUGGCAACACAUACAGGAGAUUGUCGAGGUGACCAAUGCAAUGGCGCCGUUUAUGCAGGCUACCAUAUCGCUUUGGAAGAUUUGGCGCGUCAUUUAUAGACGUAAGGAAAUGGCGCAAAUGGCUGAGCAUAUUUAUCUGAUAUCGACUAAAGCCUCUGCGAAGGAGCUAACUCACUUGAAACAGGAGAAUAAUCGCGAGCGUCUAAUGAACACCGCUUACUACUACUCGGUGUUGAACACUGGCAUGCUCGCGCUUGCGGCCCCCGUUUUGGUGAGCUUCAUACAGUAUCUGCGUCUCGGCGAAUUCAGUUAUAUUGUGGUGCUCAAGGCCACCUACCCGAUCGAUUAUGCGCGUCCGCUAAACUACUUUCUGAUAUGGCUUUGGACCGCAGUCGCCAUCUAUGGCGUCAUUUAUGGCUCAGUUUCCGUGGAUAGUCUUUACUCUUGGUAUAUACACAACUUGGUGGGAAACUUUAAGAUACUCCAGUCGAAAUUGGUCACAGCCGAGUCGGCCAGCGAUCUGAGUGAACGUCGCGAACUAAUUUACUAUUGUAUUGCGUAUCAUCAGCGUAUCAUUGCGAUGACCGAACAAUUGAAUAUUAUUUAUCAGCCAAUCGUGUUUGUGCAAUUCUCACUAAAUGCUUUGCAGAUCUGCUUUCUAGCCUAUCAAAUUGGCAGCGGUGUUGUGGACACGGUGGAUUUACCAUUUCUAUUCUUGUUUAUGAUAUCGGUGGGUAUACAACUGAUGAUCUAUUGCUAUGGCGGUCAGCAUUUGCAGAAUGAGAGCGUAAAUGUUUCGAAAUCCAUUUAUCAAACUAUAAACUCGUCAUCCUGGCCGAACGAACUACGUAAAGUGCUGUUAAUCUCGAUGAUGCGCGCACAGAAACCCAGCAAACUGACUGGCAUAUUUUUCGACGUUGAUUUGCCGCUAUUUUUAUGGGUUUGGCGCACUGCUGGCUCUUAUGUGACACUCUUGCGCAGCGUGGACCAGAAAACUAUGUGAGAAGUCAGUGUUCAAGAGAAAGAGUCGAAAAAUUUAAGUUUUUUGCUUAAGCGCUCACGAAGUUUUUAUCUAUUUAGCCACCGUAGAGUUGAGUUCUUUACAUCGAUAUAUAGUUAA